AUGCCCUUGCCCAUCAGUCGCAUCGCAGCAUCGCUUCCCCCGCCCAUAAGACUCCGUCGUGCAGCAGUCCAGUUCCAGUCCAGUUUCCCCGCGUCAAACCUCUCAAGAAGAUAUUUCUCCCGUUCCUCUUUAUACCCCUCACCAUACCCCUCUUCAUCUUUCUACCCCCUCUCCCUUCCUAGAACCAUCCGACCUCCUUCACCAUCUACUUCGACCGUGAUUAGAAUCCACAGAAGAUCCUUUUACGCAAACAUCGACGAUCCCAAGAUGGCCCCUCAGUUAGAACCGUUUUUCAAGGAGGUUGAUAUCCUCCAGGACGCUUUCCUUGAUCGCCUGCGAAAAGCUGUUGCUAUCCCAUCAGUCUCCGCCCAGGAUGACAACAGGAAAGAUGUUGUCAAAAUGGGAGAGUUCCUUGCCGAAGAACUCAGGCGUCUGGGAGCUGAAGUCGAACUACGACCGCUUGGAAAGGAGCAUGGAAGGGAGCAUUUGGAUCUGCCUCCUGUGGUCCUUGCUCGCUACGGCAAUGACAAGAACAAGCGCACUAUCCUCGUCUACGGACACUACGAUGUCCAGCCCGCCCUUCUUGAGGAUGGCUGGAACACGGAACCCUUCAAGCUGACAGUUGACGACAAGGGGAGAAUGUUCGGUCGCGGCAGCACGGAUGACAAGGGUCCCAUCAUGGGCUGGCUAAACGUCAUCGAGGCCCAUAAAAAGGCUGGCGUUGAAUUCCCCGUCAACUUGCUCUGCUGCUUUGAGGGCAUGGAAGAGUACGGUUCGCUGGGACUGGAAGAGUUCGUCAAGGCGGAGAGCAAGAAAUAUUUCAAAGAUGCGGAUGCAGUUUGCAUUUCAGAUAACUACUGGCUGGGCACUGAGAAACCGUGUCUCACCUACGGUCUGCGGGGAUGCAAUUAUUACUCUCUCACCGUCUCUGGGCCGGCACAGGAUCUGCACAGUGGCGUCUUUGGCGGAUCGGUCCACGAACCUAUGACCGAUCUUGUCAAUCUCCUCUCCAAACUGGUGGAUGUGCAGGGCAACAUCCUCAUCCCCGGCAUAAAUGAACUGGUUGCUCCACUCACUGAGGAUGAAAAGGGUUUGUAUAAGGACAUCGCCUUCUCAAUGGAAAAUCUCUAUGAAUCGCUCGGAAGCACCACGUCGAUCUUUUCAGAAAAAGAGCCAACCCUGAUGAGACGGUGGAGGUACCCAUCCCUGUCCAUCCACGGCAUCGAGGGCGCGUAUUCAGCACCCGGUGCAAAAACCGUUAUUCCCGCUAAAGUCAUUGGGAAGUUCUCCAUCCGCACCGUCCCCAACAUGGAGAGCGAGGAUGUGAAUAAACUGGUGUUCGACUAUGUCAAGGCUGAGUUUGCGAAGUUGAACAGUAAGAAUACGGUCGACUGCACGCUGCAGCAUGAUGGGAAGUGGUGGGUUGCUAGUCCCAAGCACUGGAAUUUCCAGGCGGCCAGUAGAGCUGUUAAGCAAGUGUUUGGUGUUGAGCCAGAUUUUACCAGGGAGGGUGGAAGUAUUCCCAUCACUUUGACCUUCGAGGAGGCUACGGGAAAAAAUGUUCUCCUGUUGCCCAUGGGCAGCUCGACGGAUAUGGCUCAUUCCACCAACGAGAAACUUGACAAACGCAAUUACAUCGAGGGCACUAAGCUGAUGGGCGCGUAUCUACACUACGUUGCUGAGGAGCCUAUUAAGGAGUAG